AAGAGGGGAUAACAGCGUUUUAUGCAAUAAGUAUUUAUACCGUUAUGCAGGCUUCAGAUAAUUUAACGAUAUUAAUUUCCAAAGAAUUAUUCGCGGAUGUACAAUCUGCAAAGUAUAACGAAACUGAUAAUCAAAAG